AUGAAUGGAAACUCAUCUCUGCGGCCCGGUCUGGAUUUUAGGUCGGGCGAGAGUUGGGAACGCGAAGUGCUGCGCGGCCGCCUCGUGCUGGGCGAAAAGAACGAAAUCCGCAGGCUCAAGGGCACACUUCCGUCCACUGUCGGUUCCCACUUGCGCGAGGACGUCGCCCUCACCGGUGCCGUCGUACCGUCACUGACGCGUCAGCUGUGGCGAGACUUGAACCGACCUAGCCACGACGACGCACCACGGCGCCAUCCCUCCCCUGACAUGAACGGCGACCACCAGGCAGACGACGACUUCAGCGACGCCUUCGCCUCGCUGCGAGUCCUCAACGACCGAACGGCCGCCCUCCAGCAGCUCGUCUACGAACCCCACAGCCAAUGCACCACCAACGGGAUUCUAAUCGAGGUCCGAAGUUAUCCGCUCCCGUUCCGCAUGGACAAUAACACGACCAAGUACUCCCGAUUCGAAUACCGCGUCGAGAUGACCAACCUGCACCCGACCAAGACGUUCAAGCUCCUCUCGCGGCACUGGCUCAUUCUUGACGGCGACGGGCAGACGGAAGAGGUCCGGGGACCCGGCGUCGUCGGCCUCUACCCCGUGCUGGCUCCUGGCCAGAACUUUCACUACAAGUCGUCGUCGGGUUGGAUGGCGACCCCCUACGGCACCAUGCACGGCUCCUACCAGUUCGUCGACGAGGACACGGGUGAUCUGGUGGAGGCGACCAUCGCUCCGUUCGGACUCAACGCGGGCGCCGAGAGCCAAACGACGUCAGCAAACAUGGCCGUCGGCAGACACCACGCAUGA